CAGGAAGCAUUUGGCUGUGACCCUGCAUCAGUCAUCUGAGUCAUCUGAGCCACUGAGGGUGGGGGGCUUCCCUCCUGUCAACGGUCUAAUACAGAAGUACUUGAGGCUGCCAUCAUGGUGCUGGCCGACUUGGGGAGGAAAAUCACCUCGGCGCUGAGGUCACUCAGCAAUGCCACCAUCAUCAAUGAAGAGGUUUUGAAUGCCAUGUUGAAGGAGGUGUGCGCUGCUCUGCUGGAGGCCGACGUCAACAUCAAACUGGUCAAACAGCUGAGAGAGAAUGUGAAGUCAGCCAUAGACCUGGAGGAGAUGGCCUCGGGUCUCAACAAGAGGAGGAUGAUCCAGCACGCAGUCUUCAAGGAGCUGGUCAAACUGGUGGACCCCGGUGUGAAGGCCUGGACCCCCACCAAAGGAAAGAACAACGUCAUCAUGUUUGUCGGUCUGCAGGGCAGUGGCAAAACCACAACCUGUUCUAAGUUGGCUUACUAUUACCAGAGGAAAGGUUGGAAGACCUGCCUGAUCUGUGCCGACACCUUCAGAGCAGGCGCCUUCGAUCAGCUGAAACAAAACGCCACCAAAGCUAGAAUCCCCUUCUACGGCAGUUACACAGAAAUGGAUCCGGUGGUGAUAGCCUCCGAGGGCGUGGAGAAAUUCAAAUCGGAGAACUUUGAGAUCAUCAUCGUGGACACCAGUGGCCGACACAAACAGGAAGACUCGCUGUUCGAGGAGAUGCUGCAAGUGUCCAACGCUGUGCAACCGGACAACAUCGUAUACGUGAUGGACGCUUCUAUCGGUCAGGCCUGUGAGUCUCAAGCCAAAGCCUUUAAAGACAAAGUGGACGUGGCGUCGGUGAUCGUCACCAAACUGGACGGCCACGCUAAAGGGGGAGGAGCUCUGAGCGCCGUGGCAGCCACCAGGAGUCCCAUCAUCUUCAUCGGGACGGGCGAACACAUCGACGACUUUGAGCCGUUCAAGACUCAGCCCUUCAUCAGCAAACUGCUCGGAAUGGGCGACAUCGAAGGGUUGAUCGACAGGGUGAACGAGCUGAAGCUGGACGACAACGAGGAGCUGAUCGACAAGCUCAAACAUGGUCAGUUCACCCUCAGAGACAUGUACGAGCAGUUCCAGAACAUCAUGAAGAUGGGGCCCUUUGGACAGAUAAUGGGUAUGAUUCCAGGUUUCGGGACAGACUUUAUGAGUAAAGGAAACGAACAGGAAUCAAUGGCCAGACUGAAGAAACUGAUGACCAUCAUGGACAGCAUGAACGAUCAGGAACUGGACAGCAAAGACGGAGCGAAGCUGUUCAGCAAGCAGCCAAACAGGAUUCAGAGGGUGGCCAGAGGUUCGGGGGUGGCUACCAGAGACGUCCAGGAACUGCUCACCCAGUACACCAAGUUUGCUCAAAUGGUCAAGAAGAUGGGAGGCAUCAAAGGACUCUUCAAAGGAGGAGAUAUGUCAAAGAAUGUCAACCCAUCUCAAAUGGCCAAACUAAACCAGCAGAUGGCCAAAAUGAUGGAUCCUAGAGUCCUCCACCAUAUGGGGGGCAUGGCGGGCCUUCAGUCCAUGAUGCGUCAGUUUCAGCAGGGAGCCGCUGGCAACAUGAAAGGCAUGAUGGGAUUCAACAACAUGUGAGCGCCCACCGACCAGCUGCCUUAACGGAGGGGAGGAGAUGCUUUGCCUCCAGGAGGUGGGACGCCAACACAAAAUCUCUCCUGCUUAGAAAAAAAACUCCAGGGGAAAAUUAAAGAUUCAAAAGAAGACUGCAACACGUUGUACAACUUGUUAUUGUCGGGGGGGGGGAAACUAUGGAAUAAUCCUUUAAAUGACAAAGAGUCAGGAUGAUGAGCUAGGUUGUUUUCAAGCCUCAUUUCGUUUUGUUGUGUGAAAUAUCUUUCUAUGUAAAAUUUAAGAGUAGACUCUGUUAUGAUCCGGUGAUGCCACAUAAUGAAGAGGACAAAGAAAAAGGAUGUUAGUUGGGGACAGUAUUUUUGUCAUGUAAUAAACAUUUUUAUUGCAACAUUUUUUAAUUCCACUGCUAUACUUUGAUUUAAAAUUGAAGCUGGAGUAUAAAAGUGUCCCUGAACAACAUAUGCAC